AGUUGCGAGCGGGCGAGAAGAGGAUCGUCGACGUCGACGUCGACGAGUAGUCGAGCGUGAUGGGGCGCCUCAGAAUCGGAGGGAACGUCGAGAAGGUGGAUGGUAGGGAGCUAAGCUACAAGGACUUCGUGGAGAGGUACAUGAAACCCAAUCUCCCCGUCGUCCUCACUGGCCUCAUGGAUGGCUGGAGCUCUUGUGCCGAUUGGGUCACCCCCGAUGGCCUCCCCAACCUCCCCUUCUUCUCCUCCAACUUCGCCCAAUCAAUCGUCCAGGUAGCUGAUUGUGGCAAAAAAGAGUUCAUGGAUCAGAAGAGAAUUGAAAUGACUGUGAAAGAGUACAUUGAUCAUUGGCUUGGAAUUGUUAAUGAGAAUUGUGUUAGUUGUUUAGAUUCCAACAAGAACAGUUGCUCCUUGUUGUACCUCAAGGACUGGCAUUUUGUUAAGGAGUACCCUGAAUAUGAUGCUUACACAACUCCAGCAUUUUUUAUUGAUGAUUGGCUCAAUCAAUAUCUUGACAGUCACUUUAUGCACAGAAAUUCUGAUAGAGAUGGUGCUAAAAAUGACGUAAAUUGUGCUGACUAUAAGUUUGUGUACAUGGGGCCAAAAGGUACAUGGACUCCUCUUCAUGCUGAUGUAUUUCGGUCGUACAGUUGGUCUGCAAAUGUAUGUGGCAAGAAACUUUGGCAUCUUUUACCUCCUUCACAAUCUCACCUUGUAUUUGACAGGAAUUUAAAAAAUUCAGUUUAUGAUGCCUAUGAUAAGGUUUCUGAUGUACAGUUCCCUGACUUUAAGAAGACAAUUUGGCUUGAGUGUAUUCAAGAACGAAAUGAGAUAAUUUUUGUUCCCAGUGGGUGGUAUCAUCAAGUCUGUAAUUUGGAAGAUACGAUAUCAAUAAACCACAAUUGGUUCAAUGCACACAACCUUGCUUGGGUGUGGAACCUACUUUUAAAGGAUUACCAUGAGGCAAAGGAAUAUAUAGAAGACAUUCGGGAGAUCUCUGAUGAUUUUGAAGGCCUUUGUCAACGCAACCUUGCGGCCAAUACAGGAAUGAACUUCUAUGAUUUUUUCUCCAUGAUCAAAAGGUUCGCCUUAGCCAAUUCAAUACAACUGUCUUGCCUUAAAUAUGAGAGGAAUGCCUUUGCGAAGUCAACUGACAAACAUGAGCAACUUGUUUAUAAUCUUCUAUCCAUACAAGCAGUUGCAUUGAGCAUGAAACCUGUCGACGCCUUCACCAAAGAGAAUCUAAAAAACAAGGUAGUUGAAAACCAUCUGGCUGAGAUUCUUCUUGAGCCUGAAUUCAUUAAACUAAGCAUGUCAUUAAAUCAGACUUAUGGUAUGGCAAAUGAGGUGUUAGAACAGAAUUAUCAGAGCAAAAUGGAAACAUCAUGCCUAGACAGUCAGAACAUGGGGUUUCUCCAAGAUUAUUCUGAAUUCAAUGUUUGUUGCCCAGAAGAUUUGGUUAAAUUAGUAGACCAUGCAAUUUCAGAUCAUAGCAGCAUUUGUAAUAGUUGCAAUCUCAGUUUGCCAUCUGAUGCAAGUGAUCUGGGAUCCAAAUUGUUCAAGAUUUAUAUUGUCUAACAGACACCAGUUGAGCCUGUGUACACUCCUGGGGACAGACUUUUUUUCCUGUAGAACAAUGGUAGAAAUGGAGAGCCAGGAUCUUGAUCCAAUUUCGAGAUUGUUUUGGUUCAUUUAUUAUCAUUUUUUGCUGCCCUCCUCGGGGCGAAUUGAAGAAGAGAUCCCAUCUCUUUCAUUUGAUCUCUCUGGAGGGACUACUUCAUGGAAAGAUCGAUCUUUUACUAUCGAUCAUGAGUUUGAUGUUUGAUACAGUACUCUCAAUGGGAAUUAUGAUCAAGGGUUGUUUUAUCAACUUCAAAAGAUGUCGUCUAAAAGAUUUUUUUCCAAAUCCAAAAUUCGCCAUUGAAAUUUUUGCAGUGUAAUAAUGAUCAAGGAACUCAUUAUUCUAAAAGUUGGUUUCAAAAGUUUCCCGUCAUUCCAUCAAAUGAUGUCUUACUUUUGAUGGGGGGGACUUUUGGAUGAUAUUUUUUAGUUGAUUGCUUCUUCAGCA